CUGGGAGGGGCGGAGCCGUGUUCUUUAUUAUAGGGCAGAGAGGCUCGUGAUUGUAAAAGAAAAUAUAUAUACGAAUUCAUCCGGGGAUUUAAAAAGAAAAUAAUCGAGCAGUUUGGGGAGGCAAAAAGCAAAUCUGUACUUUAUUAAAGAGGAAACAGGAUUCGAUUCUGCAGCACUAGAAAAACAGCGUGUUCUAAAACAAGCGACCGGGAUGGGAAAGCAACGCGAUCAUCUCCCCGGGACAAUAGCGCUACGAUCCGGGGACAAACCACGCAGGGAGAUCAAGCAGUUCUGAAGGAUCCCUUGCUGUUCAGCCUUCUCCAAUGUCGCACUGGGAAAGCCAGACCUCUGCAUACUGGUCCUGCGCUCCCAGUUCAGAGGGAUUGGGAACGGGGGGGCUGGCUCGCUCGAUGGCGGGGCUGCAUGCCAGCUCUUCGGACCCCCCCUCUGCUCUGACGCCCCCGCUCCCAGCGGGCAGCGUGGCUGAUGCUGGUCGCAGGGAAUAUCAAGAAUGGACUGACCCUUCCUUCUCCGGCCCAGCCCAGUUGCCGUGGAGACCGAGCGCUGUGCCGCCCCCCUCCCUGCCCCGCGGGGCACCCCGAUUCCUGGGCUGCAGAUCCCCACAGCUCCCUUCAGGGGCUUCCCUGCACCGGCGCGGACUCACCACCGGGGGGCAGCAGCGAUCAGGACCAGGCAUCUCCUAAACCAAACUCAGGGACAGAAUCGAAGUAUGGAUUGGAUCCGGAUUUGAUUCCCAAUGUGGUGCAGGUUUUGCAUGAUGAUGAGGUGCUGUGGGGGGCGCAGUUCUUUGUCACAGACACUAGGGGGCAGCUUCCUCCUCUCUCCAGCACACACUGCACAGUGCAGGACCGGGGCAAUGCCAGCCCCCGAUUCCUGCGCUGCACCUCCUACUCCUUCCCCAGCUCCCCCCAGGCGGCUCUCCUCUCCCAGCUGCCCCUGGCUGCCAUCGUGCAGCCCUUCGCCAGGCUGGCUCGUGGGGAGCCCCCCCUGCCUGUCUCGGACCCUGGUUUGGGGGGUCCAGUACGCUGCAGCAGUUGUGGGGCACACAUGAACCCCUUUAUGGACUUCCAGGACUGCGGACAGAGGUUCUACUGCCCAUUCUGUGCCUCGCUGUCUGAGGUCCCCUGGCAGUAUUACACCCACACGGACCGCAGCGGGAGGAGAGUGGAUUGGCUGAGCCGUGCGGAGCUGAGCCGAGGCUCCUACGAGUUCCUGGAGCCACGCAGCCACGGAGCCACGCAGGAACCUCGCUGCAGUGCUGGACGCGAGUCUGCAAGGGUCCUUCACAGGGAGGACGGAGCGCCAGCCUUCAUCUUCCUCAUCGAUGUGUCUGUCCAAGCGGUCCAGCAGGGGGCAGUCUCCCUGGUGUGUGAGGAACUCCGGACACUGCUGGACAAACUGCCCAGGGAUUCCGGGAUGGACGAAUCGGAGCUGAGCGUGGGGGUCGUGACCUACGACAGGACGCUGCACCUGUACAGCCUAAGCCCCACCCUGUCCCGUCCUCACAUGCUGGUCGUCACGGAGACAGAAGAUCUGGAGCUCCCCCUAGUGGAGGGGCUGCUGGUGCCUGUCAAGGACUGCAGGGACAUCGUUGACAGUCUGCUGGCUCAGAUCCCGUCGCUCUUCGCUGACACCCGGGAGGCUGUGGUGAUAUUUGAACCCGCGCUGCAGGCUGGCAUGCAACUACUGAAGGAUGCUGGCUGUCCAGGGAAGCUGCUGGUUUUUCACACCACGCCCCCUGCUGGAGACAGUAGGCCUGGCAGCAGGACGGACUCUGGGAUCUUCGGCGCAGCCAAGGACAAGUCUGUCUUCCAGCCCUGUGGCUCCUGUGUCUCCGUGGCUGAGUCCUGUGUGGCUCACGGCUGCAGCGUGGACCUCUUCCUGUUCUCACAGGAACCUGUGGGUGUGGCCUCGCUGGGACACGCCUCCGACAUCAGCGGGGGCGGAGUCUACAUGUACAGCAGCUUGCAGGAGGAGGCGGACCGGGAGCAGUUCCGAAUGGAUCUGUGGAGGAAUUUCCAGAGAGAGAUCGGGUUUGAUGCGGUGAUGAAGAUCCACGUCAGUAAAGGUCUGACGGUGUCUGGCUGCUUCGGGCCCCUGAGCGUGGGGACAAGGGGCCCCAGUGAGCUGGCACUGGGAGCCAUCGACUCGGACAAGGCUUUCGCUGUGGAGUUCACUCACCAGGGCCAGCUUGACCCAGAGAGAGGGGUGGUGAUCCAGUGUGCCUUGUCCUACACCGCCCCUAGUGGCCAGAGAAGGACCCGCGUCCACACCCUGUCUCUGAACUGCUCCUGCCACCUGGUGGACACUUUCAGGAACAGCCAGGCAGAGACUCUGCUCGCCUUCUACUGCAAGAAGGUGUACUCGGCUGUGCUGCACUCCUCCCCUCUCUCUCUCCGGGACGCCCUGCUCUCUGAGCUCACUCGCACCCUGGCCAGCUACCGGCAGCACGGCUCCACCAGCGCCGUGUCAGCAGGGCAGCUGGUGCUGCCCCAGUUCCUGAAGGUCCUGCCCGUCUAUCUGAACUGCCUGAGGAAGAGUGAGGUCCUGCUGCCGGGUCCUCACAGCGCACUGAGUGACAGAGUCUACCAGCGCAGCCUGGCCAUCGCCAUGGACACCGCCGAGACCGCCGCCCACUUCUACCCCAGGCUUCUCCCCCUGCCCGUGUCUGGCCAGCCCUGGUCGGCAGUGCGAUGCUCUCAGCGCAGUCUGGCCCCUGACCGCGUGUUCCUGGCGGAGGACGGGCGGGGUCUCUUCCUGUGGGUGGGGGGCUGCGUGCCUCCCCAGCUGGUGCAGAGCCUCUUCAACGUGCCCUCCUCCCGAGACCUGCGCUGCGGAGCGUGCUCCCUGCCUGUCCUGGACACCCCCCUCUCCCGCAGUGUGAGGGGCACCAUCCAGACCCUCCAGGAACACAGAGCGCGACACAUGAAG